GAAUUUACUUACAUCUAUCCUCUAUCAACAACCAAGAUGUCGUCGGUCAACCCUGUUAAUCCCAAGCCUUUCAUGCAGGAGCUUACCGGCAAGCCGGUAUUUGUAAAGCUAAAAUGGGGGCUCGAGUACAAAGGAUUCCUUGUCAGUACGGAUGGGUACAUGAACCUCCAGCUGGCCAACACAGAGGAAUUCCAAGACGGGAAAUCAAAUGGUGCUCUGGGAGAAGUCUUCAUCAGGUGUAAUAACGUGUUGUAUAUCAGGGAAGCUCCUCCAGAAUGAUCAUGCAGUGUAGUGUUCGCUCAAAACAUCGACAGCUCAAGACCAUUACUCUUGUUGUAUCAUAGGACUUUCGAGAGUUUAUUCUAUCGAAAUGAUCGCUUGUCCUUGAACCUGCGUUUGCAAUAGAGGGUGUCUAGACUUGGAAGACGAUCUUGCAUCACAAUAUGACUAACUAUCCGCAGUGCUGUCGACUCGGGCUAAUUUUCAGACUUAUGCCUAUGGCAGUGGUGCUGGCUGAUUCAGGUACUUUCUGAGCUGGUAAUCAUUCUUCGGAGACAGCACGAGUUGACGAACAUGUUAUCUUUGGACCAUCCAACUUUUUGGGAUAAGUCUGGUGCCCCACAAUGAAAGGUGUAACGCGCGG